AUGAAGGGAAGAAGUGAAAACUUCAAUAGCAAUGAAAGCAAUCGCAAUGAAGAUUCUAGAGAAAACAAAGAGCUUUUUUCUGAAUACACCACACCACGAAAACUAGUGGUGAAAUCCUGGAGGAUUGGAGUGAUGUAUCGCUUAUAUCAGUUAAUAGCGAUACCUUAUGCUCUCUUAUACGUGGCUUGGAGUGGAGGCCACCAGGAGACUGAUACCAUCCUCAGCUCUGUGACAACCAAAGUAAAGGCAUCGCUUAUAACAAACACUACCGAGCUUGGUGAACAGGUCUGGGAUGUGGCUGACUACAUCAUUCCAGCUCAGGAGGAUGGGUCAUUCUUUUUGAUGACCAACAUGGUCAUCACACCAAACCAAACACAGUCAACAUGUCCAGAGUAUCCAACCCCAAAAACCAUUUGCACAUCUGACAUGAACUGCACCAAAGGCUUUAAAGAUCAUCAAGGAACAGUAAGGCUCAAUCUGUACACUAAAUAAAAAUAAUCAUUUUUG